AUGCCUUCCAGAGCAAAAAAAGUAGUGGAAAACAAGAUAAAACCAAACUCUGAUGCCGCAGAAGGAGUAGAGUACAUUGUUGAAACAAUUUUAGAUAAACGUUCAAUUAAUAACAAGGUGGAAUAUUUUCUUAAGUGGAAAGGUUAUGGUGAUGACUAUAAUACUUGGGAACCCAAAGAAAAUCUUGAUUGCAAAGAGUUAAUUAGAGUUUUCGAAGAAAAAUAUAAACAAGAAGAAAAGGAUCAACCAAAACGUGGCCGUAAACGUAAACAAUCUAAUUCAACUGUUACAAAUUCUACAUCAACAUCAUCAGAAGCUGGUCUAGAAGUUCCUCAACACAAGAAAAAGACAGAUAUGUCCGAUAAGUCUAACCUGAACAAAACUAAUGACAAGUUUGAAGAUGAUGAAAACAGUGUGUCAGAUGAAGAAGAAACUAUUGAGAAGGUUGAUGAUGAUGAGAACAGAGUGUCAGAGGUAGAAGUCAAUAAUUCUGAAACUACUCCAGCUCAAAAAAUACCUGAUAAAAUUAUCGGCGCAACUGACGCUUUUGGGCAAUUGAGGUUUUUAAUGAAGUGGAAAGGCAUUGAAGAAGGUGACUUACUCUUAGCUAAAGAGGUUAAUUUAAUGUACCCACACAUUGUUCUCAAAUUCUAUGAAGAAAGAAUUGAAUGGCAUACCCCAGAAAAUAAAAAUAAUGCUUAA